AAUCCCCAAACAUCUCCUCACAGCAGGGUGAUCCCAGGCCCUUGGGGCUCAUUGCCAAGCCCGUGUGUCACCAGCCCUGGGGGAAUUGGUGAGGUGUUGGUGGAAAACACUGGUGAGCAGCUGUGGUGAGGGUGCAGGACAAGUGGUAGAUGUUUUCUAGUGGAGAUACAGGAGCCGUGUAAAGCUAUAGCUGUGACGGGGUAGGUAGAGCCGAUCCCCAUGUGAGUACGGACGUACGGACUGUGCGCCUGUUGUUGUUCAGGAGCUGUGUGAGCUCGGGGAGGUUCCUGAGGUGCUGGAGUGGGUGCAGAGCCCGAGCAGCCGCCGCAGCCUCCUGACCAACCAGGCCGACGAUGAUGACAACUCCAGAAAUAACAGCCCAACCCUGAAAUUAGGCUGUUGAGAAGACGGAAGCAUUUCCAUUUCCCUUCCCCUCCUUGGGUCAGCGCCGGUGCACCCACCCGCACAGGAUCUGGCUCCUCCAUGAGCAGCCCCAGCCUGGACAGCGUGGCCAAGGUUGAUGGUCCCCUGGUCGGCAGCAUCCUGGGGAGAAGAUGGCUCAGCCUGCACCCCUGAACCAGAACCUCCCAGAUCUCGGGGGCCCAUUCUUGUACCGGGACCAGGACGAUGGGGAGAAGAGCUCGUAUUCAGUGGAAACCCCCUAUGGCUUCCUCCUGGACCUGGAUUUCCUGAAAUACGUCGAUGACAUUGAAAGUGGCCAAACGCUCAAGAAAGUCCCGCUGCCUCGCAGGGCAAAAGGGGCCCGGCAGCCACCCAGUGCCCUGCGCAGCCCCAGCAGCCAUACCAGCACCUGGACCUCCACCGAGUCCCUCACCUCCAUGGCCAGUGAGGAUGGCAGGACCGCGCUGCUGCUGUCCCCGCACAGCCGGGCACCCCUGGACCCCCCGAGCAAGCCAACUUCCCAUCCCGUCUCACCACCGCCACCGCUGCGGCUGCUCCCAAUCCCCACCCGCAAGUGCCUCGUGCGAAACCCACGGGUGGAGAAGACCUUGCUGGAGACGAGCAGGAGGCUGGAGGAGGAGCAGGGCCAUUUGCAGGGUAUGGGUGGUCUCUCCCACGGUGGCCCGCCGGGUGCCCUGAGUCAGGUGUCCCAGUGUGGGCCGGUGGGCACUGAGGGCCAUGUGGGCUGGGGACGGGUGAGCCCGGGCAGCUCGGGGCGCAGCACGCCGGCAGCGGGGCUCAGCGCUGCCCCACUGCAGCACGUGCGGGAGCAGAUGGCCGCAGCCCUGCGGCAGCUCCGGGACCUGGAGGAGCAGGUGAAAACCAUCCCCCUCCUGGAGAUGCAGAUCUGCGAGCUGAAGAGGGAGAAGGCAAAGCUGAUGGAGAAGCUGUCGGCAGAGCCCGGUGAGGCUUUCGGUCACCCCCCUGGCUCUGAGGCAGCGGCAGGGGGUGAGGAGCCACCCCAAGCAGGGCUGGAGAGCGAAGCAGAACCAGUAAAGGGCCGAGCAAGCAAGAUCGUGGAGCUGAGGAAGCUGACGGAGAAGCUGGCCGUGGCGGAGCGGGGCAGCAGGGCUGGGCCAGGCAGGAGCCCCAGGGCUGUCGAGAGGCCGUGCCGCUCCGUGGCAGUGGGUGAGGACCGGGCCAUGACUGAUGCCGUCUUCUACUACCGGUCGCAGCAGGAGGGCGGCGAUGUCCCGGAUGGUGGGGUGAGGGAGCGCAGGGACGCGGCCGUCUGGGUGCUGGAGUCCUCGCUGGGGGUGGCCAGCGAGGCAGAGCGGGAGCUGGAGCUGCUGCAGCAGACAGUGGGGCACCAGAAGGAGGUGAUCGUCAUGAUGGAGGGGCACCUGCAGGAGGCCACGCGGGAGCUGGAGGAGCUGCGGCUGGAGGUGUGCGCCCGCCGGCCCCGCGGGCGGGUGGACAAGGAGGUGAUGGCCAAGCCGCAGGUGGCUGAGGCAGUGGUGGAAGCAGCGGUGGUGACACAGAGCCGGGGGGCUGGUGACCCCCCGGAGACAGCAGAGGCUGGCGUGGAGUGCUGCCCCCGCACCACCUGCGUCGGGGUGGGCUGCCGCCCCGACCGGAGGGAUGUGGCCGUCGGCCCCGAUUCAGGCACCGGGUGUGAAGACAGAGGCAGCCAGACCGAGGUGGGCAGUGCUGCCCUGGCGGGCAAGGAGAUGAAGCCUGGUGUGGAUGAUGCCCCGAGCAGCCCCUCGGCACAGGGCACAGGAUCAACGGGGCGGACGUGCCAGGGCAGCCCAGCCUCCAGGGCAGCAGCCCCAGAGGUGACGCACAGCAGCCAGGACCUGUCCCCGGCACAGGAUGGCGGAGCUGCACAGAGCCCUGUGGCUGGAGCCCUGAAGUCCAUCAUGAAGAAGCGGGACGGUCCCCCCCGGAGUGAGGCCGAGGGCAGCAAGAAGAGCCUGCAGUUUGUGGGCGUGCUGAACGGGGAGUACGAGAGCACAUCCAGCGAGGAGGAGGAGGAGGAGGAAGGAGACAGCUCCUCCGAGAAGGCUUCAGCUGACAGCUCCGACAGCGAGGAGCCGGGGGACAGCGAAACCUCAGAUGAGGAGGCCGGGGAAGGCGAGAGCGAGCCAGGACAGGAGGAUGAGGGGGCCAGUGUGACCCUGCCAGAGCCCCCCGAGGUGAAGGAGAAGUUCGAGCUGAGCCCCAGGAUGCGGGAGGCCUGCCUCAUCGUCAAGACCCACCUGGGCCACCCCGGGGCCACCAAGAGCAAAGAGGUGCUCGCCAGCAACAGCCUGGUCCUGCAGGAGUGGUUCCGUCUGUCCAGCCAGAAGUUGUCUGUCCCCGACAUGGUCGCCAACCACCUCCUGGCCUUUGCCGAGAUCUCACCAGCUCUCCUGGCCCACGUGGUGAACCUGGCAGACGGGAACGGCAACACAGCCCUGCACUACAGCGUCUCCCACUCCAACUUCCACAUCGUGCGGCUGCUGCUGGACACGGGGGUCUGUAACGUGGACCACCAGAACAAAGCCGGCUACACAGCCCUCAUGCUGGCAGCGCUGGCAGCCGUCGAGCAGGAAGAUGACAUGAACGUGGUGAGGAGGCUCUUCAGCAUGGGCAAUGUCAACGCCAAGGCCAGCCAGGCUGGCCAGACGGCGCUGAUGCUGGCCGUCAGCCACGGCCGGCAGGAGAUGGUGGAAGCCCUGCUCGCCUGCGGAGCCGACGUGAACCUGCAGGACGAGGAGGGCUCGACUGCACUGAUGUGUGCCUGCGAGCACGGCCGCGUGGAGACGGUGAAGCUGCUGCUGGCUCAGCCCACCUGCAACAUCUCCAUCGUGGACAACGAUGGCAACAAUGCUGUUGCCAUUGCACUGGAGGCCGGUCACAGCAACAUCGCCGUGCUCCUCUACGCCCACCUCAACGGCACGAAGGCGCAGCUGCCCCAGGGGACAUCACCGACAGCCACGAAGAGCCCUGGGAGCCCAAAGAAACCAAAUUAGAGUGACCUUCGGAUCCAGCUAGGGGCCAGCUGUGUGCCACCAUCAGCGCUAGGCUGCAAUUCACAUCCCCUCUCCUGUUGCUCCCCUGCGUGCUGAAUCGCUCUCUGUGGCUGCAGAUGCUUUAAUCCUCCUGUCACCAGAGCAGGUGGUGUCCCAGGGCCUCACUCGCCCAUCUCCACUGCUGGAAGCCCACACAUAGCCACCUUGCUCCGCUGUAGGUGACAGAGGAGCCAAGCAUCAAGUGACCUUGGGGUGGGAGAUGCAGCGGGUAGAAGCCGUCCCUGUCCCCUCUGCUUCCCCCACCAACCACUGGAGCUGCGCCACCUCGGAGCCCCCUGCAAGUCGCAAACUCACUGCAACAGCAGAAAAGACCCAGGACCUGGUUUCUGCUCUCUCAGGCAGCUGCUGGGGCAAGCAGGGCCGGGGGAGGGUGAGCAGCAGCUCGUGGAUCCUGCUGUGCCAGCAGGGAAACGGUGCUCAGGGACAAACCAGCUGUUUAAUGCUGCCUUGGGCUGGGAGCGCUUCCAGACUGAAGUACUUGCCCUUCUUUUGUGGCAUUUCCUUUCCUGGCUGAAAUCGGAAUUGUUUCUAGCACAUGCACACAAAGCAAAAAAAAAAAAAAUUAUAUUGCUUAUUCAAAUGAUGGGAGUUCAACAUGAAAUCACUCGGUGGUUUGAUGUGCUCAAUGGGAACAAAACCCCUGGGCACUCGGGGCUGCAGCCAAGCUGACAGAAGGGGGCCAAGAGCCAUGGACGCAUUUAGGGACUGAGACAGCCCAGCCUAUACCCGCCACGGGGAGCAGGAACCUCCUCCCGAGGGAAAGAGAGCAACCACCUCCUAAACUUUUCCCAUUUUAAACAGCCUCACAGCCACUGACUGGGAAGGCGACCAGAGCCCACAGCUGAGUCCCUCUCUGCCUGCUUUCCUUCCCAAAAGGGAGGAGUAGCACAGCUGAGGAGCACUCCAGGAAAAAAAGACCAACAAGAAGAGCUGAGAGCGAGCCUGAGGGCCCUUGGAGAUGGCCAUGUAUGUUGGAGCACGUGUGUGCAUCUGUGCAAGUGUGUGUGCACCGGGUGGGGACAGACACGGUAAGGACUAAGGACCAGGAGGAAGAAGAAGAAGAGGCUGUUGCAUGCGAAGCAGGCUCUGCUCUCCAAAUCCUUCACAAAGGUAUCAUGUGUGGCAGCCCCCGUUUCUGCUCCUUGGCCCAGCUGCCCCCCUGCCCACCAGGCCUGGUCUGAGCCACGCUGGCAGCUGGGAAAUGCCCCCCAGGGAACUUGUUCUGGGCAACACACUGCUGUCCUCACAGUGGGCCCCUUUCAGCUUCGCACUGAAGUUAACAUGAUGCUCACUGCCACUCUCUAGCACACUGCUCUGUAUGUAUUCCCUACUCACUGCUUUGGUUUCACAAGUUUGUUUACUGAUAUUUUAAUACUGAUGUUUAUUUUUAAGAUAUAAAUAAAACUUUAAGGAAAAUUAUUUUGAAAUAUUACAGUGA